CGGCUCUUUCCUCUUUGUGCUACAUACAGGAAGAGCUCAUAGAAAAGCCAGCAAGAGGCCCUGCAGCGUGUGCAGCGAACUUUGUCGUUCCAGCCACCUCUGGCUUUUGCCAGACUGCCAACUAGCCAGCAUACCCGCCACCCCAGUGGGAGACAAGUCGAGCUGACAGAAGAGGACGCCUGCCAUUAGUGCUCUCACCUCCCCCACCCCAACCCCUGCCCCAUCCCUGCUUCUCCUCUUCAAGAGAAAAAUCUUCUUCCUAGAAGCAGCAUGACGACUUCGCAGACCUGGUACCAUGGAAAUAUCACUCGCACGAAAGCUGAGGAGCUGCUAUCCAAGGCAUCCCGGGAUGGCAGCUUCUUGCUACGGGACAGUGAAUCUAUUCCAGGGGCCUAUGCCCUGUGCUUACUCUACCAGAACUGUGUCUACACUUACCGCAUCCUUCCCAAUGAAGAGAAGAGGAUCUCAGUCCAGGCUUCAGAAGGGGUACCAAUCCGAUUUUUUACAAAUCUUUCUGACUUAAUAGACCAUUACAUGCAAGAGAAUAUGGGUCUGGUGACACACCUGCGCUUCUCAGUGCCCCGGGAAGAGGAGAAGGCAGAGGAGCCUGAAGAGGAGUCAGAACCAGCCAUCAUCCCUCCUCAGCUUCCUCCUCGAAACUUCCCUCAGGCUUCUCCAGUCCUGGAGAACAAGGAGUCUCCAAGUGACAUAUGUAAAUGCCCAGAAUUGGUGAAAUCUGUGCCCUCUGAAUCCUUCCUGCAAAAGCUGCAGCACCUUGACACCAGCAGCUUGCCUGAGGAGUAUUUAAAAGCCAUCCAGGAGUACUUCAGAGCUUCCAUCAAUCUUGAUGCAGAGCAGGUGCAGAGUGGGAACACAAAUCUUCCCCACCUUAAGAAGCUAAUUCAACUGAUCUGUAAGAAUUUGAACAGUGAGAUUUCACGCAUCAUGCCUUCACUUGAAUGCUUUGGAAAAGUAUUGGAUCAUCAGCCUGCUGUUGCUCCAGGACGACUCAGGAACCAGAUUUCAAGUGAUGGAUCCCAAAGUCCAGACUUCUCCAGACUGAGCGAAUUGACUUUCUUGUUGCAAACGAUAGAAGAAAAGACAAAAGGUAUCAUCCUGGAAUCUGUUGGCUAUGAAGGAGGACAUCGCAACUCUUUAAUACCUCCAGUCACUUUUGAGGUGAAAUCAGACAUGCUGGCCAUUUUGACGAAAAUCCACCUCAAAGUAGAUGUGGAGGAGGGAAAGCUGAUCAUCAAGAAAUCCAAAGACGGCCCUGAAGAUAAGUUUUACACACCGACACAAAUCCUACAGCUGAUUAAAUCUCAGAGGGUCCCUAACAAGCUGGUGAUUAUGCUGAGCACAGAGAAGGAUAAGACCAUGAAGAAGGAAUAUGUCUUUGCAGACUCUAAGAAACGGGAAGGUUUCUGCCAGCUGCUUCAACAAAUGAAGAAUAAGCACUCUGACAAGCUGGAACCUGACAUGAUCACUGUCUUCAUUGGGACAUGGAAUAUGGGUAAUGCCAGUCCGCCAUCUGACAUCAGCUCAUGGUUCAAGUCAAAAGGCCAGGGAAAGACCUGUGAUGACACGGCUGAUCACAUCCCUCAUGACAUCUAUGUGAUUGGCACCCAAGAGGACACGCUUGGAGAAAAAGACUGGAUUGAUAUUCUAAAGAAAACCCUGAAAAACAUCACAACCAUCAAUUUUAAAAUGAUUAGCUCUUGUACUUUGUGGAACAUCCGGAUUGUUGUGUUGGCCAAACCAGAACAUGAAAACCGAAUCAGCCACAUUUUUGUAGACAGCGUAAAAACCGGCAUUGCCAACACUCUUGGCAACAAAGGGGCUGUAGGGAUCUCCUUCAUGUUCAAUGGGACAGCUUUUGGAUUUGUAAAUAGCCAUCUAACCUCUGGUAGUGAAAAGAAACUCAGACGAAACCAAAACUACUUCAGCAUUCUACGCUUCCUGAACUUGGUGGAUAAGAAGUUGAAUCCAUUCGACAUCACCCAUUGUUUCACAUACCUCUUCUGGCUGGGAGAUCUGAAUUAUCGAAUCGAGAUGCCCUCAUCGGAGGCUGAAAACAUCAUUGCAAAGAUCCGACAACAGCAGUACUCAGAGCUGCUCUGCAGAGACCAGCUCACAAUUGAACGAAAUGAGGGGAAGGUCUUCCUCCACUUUGAGGAAGAAGACAUCACAUUUGCCCCUACUUAUCGUUUUGAACGUGACACCCGAGAAAAGUAUGCCUACACCAAAAUCAAGACCACAGGGACCAAAUACAAUCUUCCAUCUUGGUGUGAUCGAGUUCUGUGGAAGGCUUACCCUAUGAUGCAUGUGGUCUGCCAAUCUUAUGGGUGUACAAAUAAUAUAAUGACGAGUGACCAUUCUCCAGUUUUUGCCACAUUUGAGGUUGAAGUGACAUCACAAUUUGUGUCUAAAAAUGAUCCCAACAACAGCAACUGCCAAGGAGCCAUCAAGCUCAUGAACUGUGUGGCGACUCUCCUGACCAAGUCUAAAACGAAAUUCUUGGUCGAGUAUCACUCCUCUUGCUUGGAAAAAUUUGUGAAAAGCAAUGAGGGAGAGAACCAGGAGCACAAAGAAGGUUUUCUCCGGGUGCACUUUACUGGAGUGACUGAGCUGACACCUUUUAUUGCUGAUCCAGAAUACCUGCUUGACCAGCACAUCCGCAUCUGCGUCAAGUCCACAGACUGCGAUGAGUCCUAUGGGCAAGCUGUUGUGGCUCUCAGGGCUGCAGAAAAUUCAACGUAUGAGUUUAAUAUUCCUCUGACUCAUCAUGGAGAAUACACUGGGAACUUCAGUGGAAGCAUCCAGCUGCACACUUCUGAAGGCAAACAGAGAGAGAAACUUUAUGAUUUUGUGAAAGUUGAAGCAGAUGAUGCAACCUCUAAGCUAAAGUCCAGCAAAUAUGAUCCAAUCCAAAGUUUACAGCAAGCGAUCAGAUUACCUCAAAACCCUAUGGAUAUUAGCAAUCCCAGCUACAUGGGAGUGGGCUUGAAAUCAGGGGGAUCGCCAGAUGCUGCUUUGUCAGGGGGAUCAUGGACUUAUGAUAUGGUACCAAAGCAAAGUCCACCAGGGGUUCUGGGCCAUGCAGGCUCACCCCCUCCCAACCGAUCACCACUUUCCCCGAAAAAGAGUAAUCAAGGGGCAGUGAGUCGCCCACCUGGAAAACCUACGGAGUUCAGCACUCAGAAAUCUCUCACUACUUCAGAAGAUGGCAAGGCCCCAGAGAUGUUUGAUAAUCCCUUAUAUGGAUCCAUGUCACACAAGCCAAAGCAUUCAGCCCGCAAAGAGCAGGAAACUUCAUUUGCUCCCCGUAAAGAGAUACCAGCACCCCAAGAUUGCCAGAGGUCCCAAGGUUCAGAAGCAGAUAAGGCUCCCCCUAUACCUGGCCCCAGGCUGCGCUCCCUAACUGUCUCAGAGAACAAGGGGCCCAGCACUUCCUACCUACAGCCCCCUAAUUUUCCUUCCAAGAAACCAAUUGCUGCACAGCGCUCUGAUGCAGGACCUCAAUCCCGGCCUCCACUCCCAGCCAAAAAUGUACUUACUGCAAAGGACUACCGGGAAAGUUCUGAGCUUCCAAAUAAAGGAAAAGCCUGGGGUGCAGACAGCAGCCAAACUAGAUCUGGCCCAGCAACCAGUAAAGAAGUGAAUCAGGAGGCUGUCCAAGGGUCUAAAAAGGGAUGGCCGGUCAGAUGAGCUUCUGCUUGGAUUCAUAUCACAACCCUACCCCCACCUUGCACAUUCCAAAUGUCACAGACUUGCUUCAUGCUGUAUUGUUGGAAGGAGAUCAUCAGUGGACAACACCUUUUUGAAUGCCAUUCCUACAACAGCUACAGAAGCUGUUGCUUGAGGAACAAUCAUUUAAACCUUGUUUCUGAAGCUCAAAUGGCUAAACACAUUGUGGUGACUUGCAGGAAAAGCUAGAGGCAAAAACAGAGAUGUGAUGGCUGUCAUCAAGGUGUCAUCUUUCCCAAAAUUUCUUGAUCUCUGCAUUACCUAACUUAUCAAGCCAUAAAUUUGUGUGUUAUCUAACCUUCAGUGCUUGACCGUUCUCACUAUAUCUAAGGAGCUGGAGUUGUUGAUAUUGGAUGAAUGGUUGGAUAUCUUUUUGGGUGUCAAAUGAAAAUAAAUCUUCAUUGUCUCUUAUAAUUUUAUAAUACUAUAUCCUAUACCAUUUCAAUUUAGUCAGGAAAUCCAAAGGCAACUUACCCCCCACCCCAACUUACAUAUUAUAGAAGUGGUUCAAUUCUUUUAUCUCUUUUAAUAUCUGUAAAUACUGCUUUCCCUCUUUUCUACCAGAGUGGAACAAAAGCACACAGCUAAUCCUAAACAGUAAUAGUAUCCAUCUGAAAAAUGAAAUCUUUUAACGAUUUCAACUACGGAAAGGAUGCUGAGUUUAUGACAAGCAGCUAUUACUGAACAAAUAUGUCAAAUGCUAACUUAACUACAUUACUGUUUUUUUCUGUUAGUUAUGCCUAAUGAUAUGCAACAAAGUAGGCAGUGAAUAUGUAGCACAGACCUGGUACAAGAAGAGUUAUGAGGCUACCUUAAACCUAUGAUUUACCAUACUAAUAUCACAGGAUUGAAAAUGGACAACAGGUAUCCAUCCAUUAUCCAACCCACUAUAUAUCCUAACAGGUAUGUCCUUCCUCCCAAUAAAAACCUUAUCAUUUUCUGUACAGAAGGAUGAGUCAAGGCUGAGAAUUCUCACUGGUAGAAUGUCAGAAGACUGCAGUUCUGUUGCCUGUAAAUAUUCUUAUAAGUAUAUUCUAUGUGGCUUCUGGGAGUAAGUUAUGCGUGAGUUAGGUGGAAUUCUUUAAAAAAAAAAGGUAUAUUGACUGGCAUUUUAGAAAAGCAUUGUAAUACUGACCUAGAAUGUGUGUGGUAUUAUGAUAGAAUUGCACAAGUGAUAUCUCCUGAAGCUAAAGAACUCUAGGGCCAUAGAUGGUGGGCUCUCAGAAAACCAUGUCUUAACCAUGAAGCUUUUGUUUUUCUGCCAUGAAUACAUUGUCGGCUUCUAUUUCCCCACUAUUUUUGUCCUAAUCUAGAAGCAAACCAUUUACCUUUGGGCUUGCCUUGCAGUUUUAGCAUGCUGGGAUGUGAUCACAAAUUCUAUUGCAUGUCUAAUCUCAUCCCUCUAAUUUCAUGUCCACUAGAAAUGUCUGAUCACGCUAGCACAAGAACAUCCAAUAGUAUGGCUGCCUUUUGCUUAUUUACCCAGAUUACCACCUCAAACACUUUUUUGUCCUAAACAUGUUACCUUUUCACAAUCUUUAUUGAAACAAGCUUCAAUGGUAUUUGCACAAUGCUGCAUGAGCCACAUGAAUGGUUCAGCAUGAAAAUAUGUUCAAGUCUUGACAAUUGCAUGCUAGGAAGGUUGAUAGUUGUCUAAUUAGGAAGUCAGAAACGCAAUGUUUGAUGGUUUUAGUUGAAGCAAAUACAUGCUGGCUCACUUUCUAAGUCUAAACCCUACCCUGCUAGAAGCAUUCAUAAAUCAUGAAUCAGACCUUUAGGUUUGGGGGAGAGUGACAACAUGGCUUUGAAUUAUGAAAUGAAGGCCUACAUAAGCACAAAUUCCAUCUUGAAAAAUCAGAGAAUAUGAAAAUGCAAAUUUCCCCACUGAAUUACUGUUGACGUCAUUGCAUCUUCUUUGUCUGUCAUUAUUCUAUAGUGCCUGAAACAGUCAACUUCAGAUGUAUGUCUUCCAAAUGCAAAUACAUCAGACCAAACAGGGCAGCCAUCCAGCUAGCUUCAGCCAUACGGUACCAGACAGCUGCAAACUUCAAGCACACAGCUUCAGCUUUUAAAAAAUGUACUGUGUGUGUCAACGAUUCUAUCAAAAUAACCAGCAAGGGUUUCUUUUGGCCAAAUUCUACAAGAGCUGAUGAGAAGUUGCUGAGAAAAAAUCUGCAUACAUUUAUUUUAUUUUAAUCUUGUUGAAAAACAUGAAUGACUAUGUUAAUGUUUUUAACAUUUCAGACGGUACUCCAAAUAUUUCCAUUCAUUUUUGACUCUUUACUGUUUUGCUUUGAUUAUGUUAUUACUGAUUGUAUUUGGCUUUUGAUGCUAUGAGCACCUGAGUGAAAAAAACAGUUAGAAAUAAAGCAAAAAAUUAUAAAA